GCCCCAGCGAGGGGCGACGGGCGGCCGUCUGCAAGCUGGGCAAUAGGAAACGGUUUAUUAGGAGGGAGUGGUGGAGCCGGGCCAGGCAGGAAGACGCUGGAAUAAGGAACAUUUUUGCUCCGGCCCCCUUCCCAGUCCCGGGAGGCCGCCGCGCCAGCCGCGCCGAGCGAGCCCCUCCCUGGCCCCGGCCCCAGCCUCGUGCGGGCCGCGCCCGGACCCCGGCCCGCCGUCCAGCGCUCGUCGAGCCACCGCGGCCGCCGCCGGGAAGGGAGGCGCCCCGCCCGCUGCACGCCCGCACCCCACCGCCCGAGGGCAGGCCCGGAGAUAGGCCGGAUCUGAAUCUGAAGUGGGGGUGAGACCAAAGAAUGGGCGUUUCUAACGAAGCACUUCAGGCGAAGCACUUCAGGCGAUUCUGAUGCAUAAGAAAAUAGGAUCAUGACCUUGGACCCCCCUAGGAGAGGCCUUCUGAUGCUACUGCUGGCCUUGGGCCUGACCCAGGGUGACCCCGUGAAGCCCUCUCGGCGCCCGCUGGUGACCUGCACAUGUGAGAACCCCCAGUGCAGGGGGCCCACCUGCCAGGGGGUCUGGUGCACAGUAGUGCUGGUGCGGGAGGAGGGCAGGCACCCCCAGGAACAUCGGGGCUGCGGGAACCUGCACCAGGAGCUUUGCUGGGGGCGCCCCACCAAGUUCGUCAACCACUACUGCUGCUACAGCUCCCUCUGCAACCACAACGUGUCCCUGGUGCUGGAGGCAGCCACCCCAACUCCGGAGCAGCCGCAAGUAGACGGCCAGCUGCCUCUGAUCCUGGGCCCUGUGCUGGCCUUGCUGGCCCUGGUGGCCCUGGGUGCCCUGGGCCUGUGGCACGUCCGGCGGAGGCAGGAGAAGCAGCGGGGCCUGCACAGCGAGCUGGGCGAGUCCAGCCUCAUCCUGAAGGCAUCCGAGCAGGGGGACAGCAUGUUGGGGGACCUCUUGGACAGUGACUGCACCACGGGCAGUGGCUCGGGGCUCCCCUUCCUGGUGCAGAGGACAGUGGCACGGCAGGUUGCCCUGGUGGAGUGUGUGGGAAAGGGUCGCUAUGGUGAGGUAUGGCGGGGCCUGUGGCAUGGUGAGAGUGUGGCCGUCAAGAUCUUCUCCUCGAGGGAUGAACAGUCCUGGUUCCGGGAGACCGAGAUCUACAACACGGUGUUGCUCAGACAUGACAACAUCCUAGGGUUUAUCGCUUCGGACAUGACUUCCCGCAACUCGAGCACGCAGCUGUGGCUCAUCACGCACUACCACGAGCAUGGCUCGCUCUACGACUUUCUGCAGAGGCAGACGCUGGAGCCCCAGCUGGCUCUGAGGCUAGCUGUGUCCGCGGCCUGCGGCCUGGCUCACCUGCACGUGGAGAUCUUCGGCACGCAGGGCAAACCGGCCAUCGCCCACCGCGACCUCAAGAGCCGCAACGUGCUGGUCAAGAGCAACCUGCAGUGCUGCAUCGCCGACCUGGGUCUGGCUGUGAUGCACUCCCAGGGUAGCGAUUACCUGGACAUUGGCAACAACCCACGAGUGGGCACCAAGCGGUACAUGGCCCCUGAGGUGCUGGAUGAGCAGAUCCGCACUGACUGCUUCGAGUCCUACAAGUGGACGGACAUCUGGGCCUUUGGCCUGGUGCUGUGGGAGAUCGCCCGCCGGACCAUUGUCAAUGGCAUUGUGGAGGACUACAGGCCACCCUUCUAUGACCUGGUGCCCAAUGAUCCCAGCUUUGAGGACAUGAAGAAGGUGGUGUGUGUUGACCAGCGGACCCCCACCAUCCCCAACCGGCUGGCUGCAGACCCGGUCCUCUCAGGCCUGGCUCAGAUGAUGCGGGAGUGCUGGUACCCCAACCCCUCUGCCCGCCUCACUGCGCUGCGGAUCAAGAAGACGCUACAGAAACUCAGCAACAGCCUGGAGAAGCCCAAAGUGAUUCACUAACCACGGGCGCCUGACGCCUGACUCCCCUCUGCCUGCAGUGGGGGAGCUGGAGGGGGCAGUGGAUGGUGGCCUAUCUGGGUAGAGGCAGUGUGAAAUGUGUGUGCUGGGGAGGGGAGUGCCCCUCUAUGCCUGCUGGCCCGGCCCCCAGCCCAUCCAGCCAGAAAUACAGCUGGGCUGAAACCCGAUCCCCCGCUGUCUAGCCUGCUCAAAGCAGCAGGCUCCCUGACGCCUGGCUCCCUCCCCACCCCCACGCCCUGGGCGCACCCCCUACUACCCCCAGGACAGGAUGCAAAAGAGGCCCCGGAGCCAGGGUGGCCAAGCCAGGGAAUCCCAGUCCUGGGCGCAGAGGCUGCACUUUACCCCCUGCCCUCAGUUAACCCCACUGCCCGGCCAGAGCUGCCCAGGGGGAAUAGGGCCCUGUCCACACUUCAGUAGACACCCUGCCCUGCCAGGCCUCAGCCUCUGGCACAAGCCCUGACACCCAGGGCCCAUCAGUUUCUCUCUGUGGGUUUGUAUCUCAGCUCCAUGAUGCCAUGGGCCUCUGUCUCCCGGACAAGACCCCUGCUCCUGAAUGCCAGCUGCCUGAGAGAGCUGGGGCCUGAUCCUGGGCCCAUCCCCCACCCCCAUCUUGGCUGACUUAUUAGGGCAUUAAACCCAAGGAGUCCUGCUGAGGAAGUGGCAGGGUCAUAGGCCAGUGGAGAGGUGGUAGGUCAAAUGCGUAAGGCCCAGGACUUUCAGAAUAACUGAGAGGACAUUGAGGCCAAGCAUAGCGGGGGAAAGGCUCAGCUGGGAGGCAGGAGACCCAGGUUCUGGUCCUGGAUGCUUGCUCUCUGUACGAGCAUGAGGCCUUCGCUGUUCCAGGAACUUUGUGUCUUCAUCUACAUAGUGAAGAUUUGGUCCUGAUGUCCUCUGAGGAUUUUUCAGCUCUAAUUUUCUUUGAAAUGUCAGCCUGUGUCAGAGCUCAGCUCAUCAGUCCUUCUAUUCCUUAUGCCCCAGCCCUUGGCAAUUUGCCUCAAGAUGGGGAUUUGAAAAUAACUGUAUCUGAGUCCGGGAGUGUCAGAAACCCUCCUACCCUCUAAUUCUGCAGACUCCAGUUCUUGCCUUAACCCCUGCCAGUGACCAUCGCUGGGCUCAGACAGCCCUGGGCCUUCUGGCCAGCAAGCCAGCCACUCACCCCUUCUGUGGCUUACCCGUCUCUGCCCAGGGCUGAGAGGGGCUGAGGGCCGGCUUCCUGCAGGGCCUCCAAGGCUCAGAAGAAAUUUGGCUCCAGGCAACAAGCCUCCAGCACCAGGUGCCUGCUCCCCACUGGCCCCUGGCCCAGCCUCACACACUUGGCCAGGCCCCCUAGAGUGUGUCUAGGAAGAACCUCGUGUCUCUAGGGAAGCACACAGAAAGUUCGGCCUUUGGAAACAUCAAGGGUAUAAGUCCAUGUACUGAGGAGGUUACCGCCAGGUUACCACACUGGCGGGUGGAUGGGCAGGAGGUAGAGGCUGACGGGUUGGGGGCGGUGGUGCUCACUCUAGGGAAUAGGACAGCCCGAAGCUUGGGAAGACCUGGCCUCACAGCCCUCAGCCCUUGGGGCAGAGUGGAGAGGAACCCUCCGUUCUCCACAGGAGGUGAAGGAAACAACCUCCUCCCCUCCUGCUGUCAAUGACCCAGCACAGCCUCCCCGGGCAGGCUCUUGUGUGUUUCUUCCACUGUGGCGUGGCACUUUCCCAGGCCAGGCUCCCAGCAUUGUGCAAGGCCUGGAGGAGAACCAGGAAGUGAAACUGGGUGAAAACAGAAAGCUGGAUGGACCUGCUGGGCUCCCAGAUCAUCCUGGGACAGCUUGCUUCCCAGCAGAUGCUUCCCAGCAGUUUCACAUCUUCUGGUCACUGGAACCCACCCAGCCCAGGAAUCAGUCUGCCCCCGGAAGGAUUUUAUCUCUACAGGAUUUGGGGGCAAAAAGUCUCCUCUUGAGACUCCACAGCCAGAAACUGAAAGCAGCAGUUCCCCAAAGGCUGGAAAAUCCCUAAGAGGAGAAGGUCUGAGGCAGGAGGUGCGGUGACAGGGGAGAAGGGGGCCGGUGGGAGGAGGACAGCCAGCGGCCAGGGAGGUGAGAGCAGUCUGCAUAAUGCUUCUGUCGGAGCGCGGGGAGGCCU